UACUUGUAAGUGGUAACCAUGGCUUUUCUUUAAGACGACACAUACUUUUUUCUUUUUCCAGUCCUAUCCUUUCCCUUUCAUUUUCUUAAUCUUUCUCCCUCACUUUCCCUUUCUCUCUCAAGAGAAAUUAACACCCACAAAUAUAUUUUUCCACUUCCAUCCAAACACUUAAGCUCCAAUCAUGGGCACUGAAUAUGAUUAUCUGUUUAAGCUUUUGCUAAUCGGAGACUCUUCUGUUGGAAAAUCGUGUCUUCUUCUGAGAUUUGCUGAUGAUUCUUAUGUGGACAGCUAUAUCAGUACCAUUGGUGUUGAUUUUAAAAUCAGAACUGUGGAGCAAGAUGGCAAGACAAUUAAGCUGCAGAUUUGGGAUACUGCUGGACAGGAGCGUUUCCGGACUAUAACAAGUAGUUAUUACCGAGGAGCACAUGGGAUAAUUAUAGUUUAUGAUGUUACUGAGAUGGAGAGCUUCAACAAUGUCAAGCAGUGGUUGAACGAGAUUGAUAGAUAUGCCAAUGAUAGUGUGUGCAAGCUCUUAGUCGGAAAUAAAUGUGAUCUAAUUGAGAACAAAGUUGUCGACACACAGACAGCAAAGGCAUUUGCAGAUGAGCUUGGCAUUCCUUUCCUAGAGACAAGUGCUAAAGAUUCGAUUAAUGUGGAGCAGGCUUUCCUAACCAUGGCGGGCGAAAUUAAGAGAAAAAUGGGAAACCAGCCAACUGCAAACAAGUCAACAGGAGGAACAGUUCAAAUGAAGGGGCAGCCUAUCCAGCAGAAGAACAACUGUUGUGGUUAGCUAUACAUGUGUAUUUCUAAGUUCCUGUCGCAAAGACUGUUAGACUAUGUUAUCAUAUGGAUUCCGUGCUUGAAGUUGUCUGUGGAAAAUGAAAUUCUAACAUUUCCUUUAAAAAAUGGCUAUUACUAGCUAUUCCUUGUAAAGUAUGUCAUCUUCAAUCCUUAGUAUUUUAUUCCAGCAAGCAGUUUCUGUUUUUA